AUGACUGUAAUACAAAGAGUAGUGUAGGUAUCUUUAACUUUAUACGAAAUCAAAUAUUUUGGUUAUGAUUCUUAUUUUUACGCGUAUUAAAACUUUCGUCGAUUUUCGUUAAACAUUAUUGAAAAUGAAAUUUUUUUUAUAAAUAUAUGUAUUUUUUGUCUUAGAAAUGUAAAUGUGAUUUUUAUUGUAGAAAACCAACUACCCACAAGGGUAAAAGAGCUAUUAUAAAAAAAGAACCAAAACUAAUAGAAGAUAGUAAACAAACUUUGUGUUUUAAAGGUAAAAACACAUCACAGAUUGUAGUAGAUUUUAUGAAAGAUUUGGUAAGUUGAAUUAUAUAAUAUGAUUAUCACACAAAAUGUUUUAUAUGAAUGAUAUGAUCGAUGUUUGAUUUUAGUAUGAUUUAAAAAAGCCAGAUGCACAACUAAUGCAGAAGAAAAAUGAUAUAUUACCAUUUGAAGAUAUAACACGUAUUGAAAAGUUUUCUAUAAAAUAUAAUGCACCACUUUUUAUGAUUGCCUUGCAUAAUAAAAAACGUCCUCACAAUUUAAUAAUGGGAAGAAUGUACGAACAAACAUUAUUAGAUAUGGCAGAAUUUGGCAUAGAAAAUUAUACAGGACUGAAAGAUUUUAAGAUUUCAAAAAUUCCAGAAGGAAUGAAACCUUUGUUAGUUUUCAAUGGAGAACUUUUUGAAAAUAAUCACGAGUUCAAUAGAAUAAAAAAUUUGCUUGUGGAUAUGUUUCAAAGGGAAUCAGUUGAAAAAAUUAGACUACAAGGUCUGGAACAUGUCUUAAGUUUCACUGCAGUUGAGAAUAAAAUACUUUUACGCAGUUAUAGGGUACUUCUGAAAAAAUCUGAUUGUAGAAUACCAAGAAUUGAAUUAGAAGAAAUUGGACCAAGAGCAGAUUUAAUUUGUAGACGUACAAAACUUGCUUCUGAAGAUUUGUUUAAGCAAGCUUGUAAAAAACCAAAGGAGCUUAAGGUUAAAAAGAAAAAGAAUAUAUCUAUAGACAAAUUUGGAACAACUUAUGGUCGUAUACAUGUUGGUGCUCAAAAUAUUAAUAGUAUACAAACGAGAAAGAUGAAAGGAUUAAAAAAAACAGUGGCAGAAAAGAAAGUUGGAAUGAAAAGAAAAAAUGUCGAAAAUAAUGAUAACUCAAAGAAAUUAAAAGUUAACAAUAAUAAUUCGACUGACUAAUUGUAAGUUGUAUUAAUUUAACUCCAAAAUCAGUAUGGAAAUAAAUGUAAAUACAAUUUUUUUUUUAUUAAAAAUAUUAAAUUACUGUAUGAAUGUUUUUAUUUAUUUAAUAUUUUUUGAUACUCCAAACAGUUUCAGUUUUGUAAUCCUAGAAUAACAGAAUUAGAAUAGGUAUAAUAUAGUAAUAAGGAAUAUAGAAUAUAUAACUUAAAAAUAUUAAAUUAAUCAAAUACAUAUAACGUUCAUACCUUUAUUAUUAUACCACAAGUGGUAAGUUCUGAUCGUACUUCGUCGCACGCUGUAAGUAAAGUUUUAUCUUUUACAUCUCGUUCUAAAGCUUUAUUACGCACAGUUUGUCUAAAUUUUAUCAAACAGUCUAUGACAUUGUUUAUUUUAUAAUCGUUUUCUUUACUACGAUUUGAAAUUCCAAAUUUAGAAAGUAUUGUUGUUACAUAAUUCAAUACUGCAGUUACAGCAGGUAUGCAGGUACCGCAAGUCUUUGUACUAUCCUAUGUUUAAUAUAACAGUAUUAUUAUCUCAGUAAAUUAAUAUACUACUAAAUAUUUACCUGAAAAUCGUGUAACAUUUUAUUUCCUACAUCAAUUAGAUUCAUAAGUGAUUUCAUAGCUUGUGCAGUUUUAAAAUCAUUUGCUAAUGCAAUAUUAAUGCUGUUCCUCGUUUCUUCUAAACACUAAAGUAUUAAUUCAAUGACAAAUAUAUAUAGUAUACAACAUUUAUGUAA